UGUUAGUGCAUCACAGGGAAAAUGGUAAGCAGGGCAGGGGGCGAACCCACAAACGAGCAAGUGGUUGCAAACACUUAUGCAAACAUGGGCACUGAAAUGAACCAGCUCUACACCAAGAUCACGGAGCUGGAAAUGGAAGUCAGUGAGCACUCUCUUGUGCUUGGCGCCAUAGAGCCCCUGGACCCCAUGAGGCGGUGCUACAGAAUGAUUGGUGGAGUCUUGGUUGAAAGGACCAUCAAGGAAGUGCUGCCCGCGGUGCACCGGAACAAGGAGGGCCUUGAAGAGGUGGUGGCUCGCAUGAAGGAGGCUCUGGAGACGAAGAAGAAAGAGAUGACCGAGUUUGAGCUCAAGUACAAGAUCAGGAACCGGAAGGGGGGCGAAAGCGGUGCCGAGGAAGGCAGCAUGAAGGAAGCCUCUGCUCAGCGUGUUCUUGUUGGCCCUGCAGGCCAGUACAGCAGAACGACGGGACAAAAAGGAGACUUUUGCAUAGUUGUUUAUCAAAGGCAGAUUGCUAUGUACCAACCUGACUGACUGUUUCCGAGCGCGGUAUUUUGUCAUGCUGCACUUAUGAUGGUAGUCUCGAAUCCUCAUGUGUAAAACUAGAGAUUAUGCUAUAUGCUGGUAACUGCAGAUUUUGCGCAGGUUGUGGCAUGACUCGCACAGCUUUGGUCGUG